UUUUUUUUUUACUACAACUUUAAUUCCAACUUUAAAACAGAUGAUCAUGUACACAAUUUCAAUUAAUAUUGAAAGCGUUCAACAUUUCAAGAAAAAUAACAAGCUUUAAAAGUCAAAGCUAAACAACGCGAGAUAUUCUUUAAAUGUUAGGAGGGGAGAAAAUUCGGUCACCGGGGAAGGUGGAUUGGCGGAUUCUGGGAACCCGCUGUUGUUGCUAGGAGACAGUUCUUCUUCUUCUUCUUGUUGAAAUUUGGUGGUUGGCAAAAACGUUAGGUGAGCAUUACCGCUACCAACUGGUAAGGAGUGUGUCGGAGACAGUUUUCCGCGCUUGUGUAGUUCUGUGUGCGCGCGCACUACUCUGCCUCUGUUAAACGGAUUAUUAUUUUACUAGGCUGAUAAUGAACAUUUCUACGAAGGUUCCGGCCUGCGUCUCGGACAGACUGUCACUAACGAGCUGUUUUUCAUGAACAAAGUAAUGAAGAGUAAGAAACAGAAUUCUGUCAAAACUGGAAGCAACAAAAGGAAAGUCCCUAGUGAUGUGUCUCCAUCAACAAGCCUCCCACCUCUUGUUGAGGGUCAGCUGAGAUGCUUCUUGUGUGUGACGGUAAGCAGGGUGUUAUGGACCGUCCAAAAGCCUCCGUCUUCAACCUUCAUCAGGCUGCGCUGGUGGGGAGAGUCGUCCAAUGGGACGCACUUUUUUCCAAGAGAUGGAUCCCAGAUCGCUCAAAAAACCGUCAAGAGCACAGCUCGUUUCCCUAUCCGAUGUGGCCCGCAGCAGUUUACCUCUUAUCUUACAGAUAUGGGCUCUUUGGUGUUGGAGGUCCUAACUAAACCAGAUCAUUUACCGAUUGCUCGGGCUCAAGUAGCUGGAAUCGCACGCCUGUCUCUGUCACAACCUAUUAGUGGAUUUUAUACGCUUGUAUCACCAACAUCCGAGAAGCUGGGAGAGAUCCAGGUUUCUCUGAAUUUGGAACCUCUGACAGAAGCUUACGACAGCAGCAGCUCUGGUCCCGCCACAGACAUCAGUACUGAUAGGAUGCAGGUACCAAAACUGACGGUCCCCUCGCACCCUGUUUCCCUCUCAGCUGGAGGCAGGAAAGAAUCAGCCGGGAGCAGUGGUCGAAACACACCAAGAGGAAAAGACCACUUGUAUUUUCAAAAUGUCCAAAGGGACAAGGAGACGCUGGAGAAUGUGCUUCCUGCUUCCAGCAAAUCCCAAAACAGUCAAACUGUUGGGAAUCCUUUGCAUAUGGAGUCAUAUGAUGGACGGAUAAGUAACGAUAUUAUCUCAGUCAUUCUGGAGCGUGGAAACAAGCUUAGAAAUGCAAUGGUGGAAUCAGCGUUGAAAUCUGACAUGGACUCUGCUCUGCCUCUAAAAGACAGUCCUCUACCUCUGCCUAAGGAUAACAUCCAACUACCUAUAGACUCUUUUCCUUCUACCUCUGGUGUGUUUCUUCAAGAUAUCCUCCAUGCAGACUCAGCCCUGAAGCAGCCUGAUGAUGGAACGUUCCCCUCAAACAGCGGCGUGGACUGUCUUCCAGACAUGGACAGAAGAGCUGUGGAUCUGCUGCUUGGCAGGUCGUCACUGCCACUCUGGGAUGUACAGGGCUCCCCUCCUGAAUCCCUUUCUGGCCACAGCAGUGUGUGUGCAGACAGCGAGCUUAAUGAUCCACUUUAUGAUCAGAGCUUACUGGAAAAUUUGUUUUUCAAAACUCCUCACUCAGGUACUAGACCAGAUAUUUCAGAUGAGGACGGUCGUGGAUCAACAUCACCAAGGAAAAGUCAGCCAGAAAAACUAACACGGUCAGAACCUAGAAUCAGUCAAAGUCCAAACCUGGAUCAACAGCAGUCCUUAGGUGAAUGCGAUGACAUCUACCCGCCUCUCAGUGCAGAGCAGUUCAAGUUGCUAAGUUCAGUACAAGUAGCACGAGUUACCGUCGAGUCACUGGCCUUACCCUCAGGCAGCCCAAACACAACAACCAGAAAUGCCUUCAAAGGGAAACCUCCGCGGCCAUUUCCCAGCAAGAAGUGCACAUAUUUUGUGGAGUACGUUUUCCCGAUGACUCGGAUAGGUCGCAGUAAGGCUGGAAAUGGUGAGGUAACCAGAGCCGUUUCCAGUAAGCUCAUUGUUGGAGCUGUGAAGUUCCACCACCUCUCUGUGUUUCCUGUCCACUUCAACGCAGCAGCAAUCAGCCAAUGUUGGGAAACUGAGCUCAUUUUUAAGAUUUAUUCAAGAAUGAGCGACCAGAAGAAACCUGUUGCUGUUGGUCAGGCAGUUCACCCACUGCGCUCUCUGCUGCAGAGCACGGAGCUGAGUCAGUCUGUUGUUUUGCCUGUGCAGAGCUGCGAGGGAAUCAGAGGAAGUGAGAAGAUUGGACCUCUCAGGGUUUCCAUAGAACUAGGACCACACAGCCAAAGAUCCUCUAAGGAAAAGGAUAAAAAGGUCACUUUGAGAGACACAUCAACUUCAAGACUUGAUUCCAGCCCUAAGAGAGCAAUCAAUCAGAGGUCCCAACAUGUGGAGUCUUUAACAGCUCCCUGUUUAGAUCAUCCCAGGCUGAAUGUUUGGACUCCUGAGAAAUCUUUGAGAGAACAAUCAAACCAUCCAGGGAACAGAAAAUCUCCUCUGAAAUCUUCUCAGGAGGUCGAAGAGGAACCUGAGGUCCUGCUGCAUACUUUACUCAUGGUUCCAGAUGGGAAGAAUUUCAGCGGCGGGCCCCUGCAGGCCCCAAACAUCUUCCUGAACUGCAAGCUGUUUUGGUCUGAUGAGACGGCGAGAUCUACUGUCAGCUGGGGCAAAACAAACCCCACCUUCAACUUUGUUCAGGUAACACCAGUGGGCUUGACAAGAAAACUUUUAGAGCGGAUGAAGAAUAAUGUGAUGGUGAUCGAAGUGUGGCAGAAAACUGGGAGUUCUGGAAACGACCGACUCCUUGGCCUCGUCAAACUACCCCUACACCAGUUCUACAUGUCAUUUAGGGACUCCAAGAUCAGCCAGCUCCUUCUGCAGGCGCAGUACCCCGUUUUAGGGGUAGACUGCUACAUGCCAGUGAUCGAUGUGUUCUCAGGUACCAACAAAGGACACCUCAGGGUGGUUCUGGCCAUGGGUCGUGCAGAGCAGAUCAUCUCCCUCCAGCGUGCUAGAGAUGAGGAGUAUAGCUCUUUGUCUCAUAUGGUGAGACCAGUUCACUUGCUGGAUCAACAGCCGCACUUACACACAAAGGUGAGCACUUCUCAGGUGGAAAUUAUGAGAGAGCACGUGUUUGUUGUGAGCGUGGAGAAGGUCAGCGGGCUGACCCCUCUGCAGUCCACAGUGUGGGGAGAGACUGACUGCUAUGUUCAGUACUCUUUCCCCACCCAGGAUGCUUCAGAUGUUGAUCAGAGCCUCAUAGAGAGCAGUCUGAACCUGAAGCCAUUUCGGACCACCACCACGCUUUGUGUCCCAGACCCAUUGUUUGGUCACACUGAGACGCACGUUCUUCUGGCUCCAGAAGGAGUUCCUGUUCAGCGUCUGCUGCUCAGCACCCUGAGCAGUGGAGGAGGCGUCCAGUUCGAAGUGUGGUGCAGAUAUUAUUAUCCAAAUGUCAGGGAUCAGCUUGUGGCCAGAGGAUUACUUCCCUUGUCCAAACUGUGCGCCAUGGUAACCAUGCAGAAGACGCAUCUUAACGAAGCUGAGAUGUUCUCCCUGUCCCUGGUUCCCAGGACAGAGGCCAACUCAGCAUUUCAACCUCAGCCUUCAGGUUUACUAGACAUAUGCAUACGAUACAAACAUCGGCCGCUCCGGUUUGGAGCACAGGCUGGGGGAGGAGCUGCUCCUCCUUCUGUGACACUUGUGGUUCAAGUGCACAGAGCGUCUGGUUUGAAGGCAGCAGCAAGGGCGAUAUCUAAAGAAAAUGAUCAAUUAAGCUAUUUGAUGGACGUUGGAGUGAACCCUUUCAUCACGGUUCACCUGUCCUUCCUCCCUGAGAGUGAGAGGAGCUGUUCCCGUAUAGCAGCCAAGACGUUCUGCCCUGAGUUUGACCACCACAUGGAGGUGACCUGUGAUCUGCUGCUUCACCUGAGCAGUGGUGAAACCUUCAGCCUGGCUGAGCAACUGGAGCAGGCGUCUGCUGUCUUUACUGUCUGGAACAGAGACGACCACAGAGCAGUGAACCUUCCUAAUGAAACAGAUAUAAUGUUGGGUACAGUGAAAAUCCCAUUGAUUGAUCUGCUUCAUAAAAGAACAGGUAUUUCGGGCUGGUUUGGGCUUUAUUUAGGCCGUGAAAAUCAUCCUUCACAGGCGGAGCAGAUCUUGGUUGGGGGCCUUAAGGUUUCUAUCAGCUUUGCUCACCACUCAGACAGAGAGAGGGUAAUUAAAGCUGCUCGGGGUCUGGGCUGGGAAAUGGCCAACAGGGACUGUGCAGCACAGGAUGAUGAAGGAUGCUGGGAAGAAGACAUUAGAAAACUCUCUCUGACAUUUUCAAUGCCCAAAGCCUGGCUUCCUGUCCAUUGUCUGUUUCUGCCGGGCCUCAGGGAGCUUCAGCGCCCUACUUAUUGCUACCUCCGGUACAAGUUCUUCGACCAGGAUACCUUCUGCUCCCAGUUGAAGCACCCAUUUGUUGAGGAGGGCAGGCAAGCCACCGUGAGUUUUGAAGGAAGUAGGACUGUGGAGCUGAGUACCACUCAGCCUUUGAUGUGGUAUCUUCGAGAAGAGAAGCUGGAGGUUCAGCUGUGGGUCACCUUCUCUAAGAACAGAACUACAAGGCCAAGUGACUCAGACCGAUUGGUGGGGUCUGCGUUUGUUGAUCUGUCCUCUCUUGCAAAGACUCCCAAGCAGAAGUUGUCUCUCAGUGGAGUGUACCCACUGUUCAUGCGCUCUGCUGCUGAUUUACAAGGAGCAGCUCUCAGGGUGCACAUCACAUCAACAGCCGGUUCUGUUCCCACAAACGUAUCAGCAGCACAUGACACCCAGGUGGACUCUGAGAGUCAGGGGGAGAUCUUAUUCGAGGAAGUAGAAGAAGCAGAUGGUGCGCUUUCUUCAGUUACUCCCAGAAAAUCCUCACAAAGGAGUAAACCAUCCAGAGAAACUCUAGACAUAACAUCUGUGCAUCACACAGCGGUGAAUGUUGAGGAUUCUUUCCCUGUGACUAUAGCUGUGGAUCGAGCCAUGCACCUGAACCUGACAGGUUGUCCUCUGUCUGCGCAGACUGAAGGGACACCUAGUUGCUGUGUUUCCUACGUCACAGUUGACUCCUCUGAACCAGUUUCCACAUCUGUUGUGACCAACACUGACUGUCCUGUGUGGGACCAUCAGCACGAAUGCAGGCUUUCGAAGGAGCUGCUGGUUGAUCCACAACAAUCUCUUGUGUUUAAAGUCUGGCACAAAGGAGAAAUAGAACGGGUGAUUGGAUUUGCCACAGUAGACCUGUCUCCCUUACUGUGGGGAUUCCCGUCCGUGUGUGGCUGGUACAACAUCACAGACUUCAGUGGUCAGUGUCACGGUCAGAUUAAGGUGUCUAUAACUCCUCUUAGGGGAGUCCAGGAUCUGCGUAGGCAGAGAAAAAACGCGACCGAAGAAGAUGCCAAAAACUCCUCAGCUCUGUUUCAGGCCAUUCCUCUCUGCUACCAAACCACAGCCAUGUACAGCAGCUUCCCCUCCCACAUCAGCAGGUUUCCAGAGCAGAAGAUUUCUUCACCAAACCACAGCGACAGGUUGUUCUCUGAAAGGCCGGGUGAGAACGAUCGCCAUGGUGAGCACAUGGACAACGUACGCCUUUACCAUCAGAAUCUGCACGAACAAACAGCCUCUCACGCUGCAGGUGGAAGCUCAACCAAUGACAAUUCCUCCAGCUCAUUUUUGUUUUCAGCACUCAGGAGGAAACUUAGUGAGCUGGACAGCAUUCAAAGGUACUUCAAUCGUAAGCUGUCUACUCCUACAUUCCCACCUACAGAAGAGCAAGACAGAAACAACCACGAUGUGGAUCAGAGGACCUUGGAGGUUGACUCAAAUCAGCUGCUUUUAAAGUCCAACCAGCUUGUUGGGGAAGUCAACAACAUCAUCAGUGGUCUACGCGGUCACUUUUUGGAAACGAUUCCCUCCAACAGUCCGAGCUCCUCUAACUCACCCACUGAACAUAGCAGGCCUCAGGUCAUCCCAGGACAUACAUCCAGUCCAAGCAGAGUGAUGGAGGACGAUCCAGAUGAUGGAUCUCCUCUGCCAUCGCUGCCCACCGAGAUGUCUGAGGACAACACAGACUCCGACCACGAAAAAGAAAAGAACCAAACAAACUGCAGGGGCAACCUGUCAGGGGAUGAACACAAAGGCGAGAAGCAUUUUAAAAUGGAUGACCAAACUGAUGAUGAUUACGGUGAUGAAGAAAGUGAGGAUUUUGAGGAGGUGGUUCUAAACCCAAAGUCUCUAAAUGAGGUCACAUCGUUAACUGACAGAACUAGUCCUUGGACCAGCAUCCUAUCAGACCCUGAUCUAGUUUCUGCAGAGAACAAUGAGACGCUGAAGGAGUCGGACAUGAGUGAGGAGGAGGAGGACAAAAGUCUGGUGUUUACUCUAGAAAGUGAUGUUUCUAAUGAGAAGCCCAGAGAAGAAGACGAUUGCCAUCAUAGCUCAGAUGAGUCGGAAAUUGGGGCUUCACAUCUCGAGGGAGAUGAAAACAGGAUGCUUCAGUCUGUUGAUCACACAGAACCAAACCAGCUGAACAGCCCCAACAAGUCUGGUGACACGUCACCCAGUCUGCAGCAUGCCACUGACACACACGGUGCUUCAGGAACUCAGGACAUCGACGAAAAUCAGCUCCAACCCUUGUUGCCCAUGGAGAUCCCUAAUUUCUUCCUCACCUCUCACCAACUGGAGUCGUCACUGAAAGCAAUCCGUUUAGCACCGUCUUUCUCUCAGGCAUCUUAUGACUCUGGUCCGGCUUCAGAUCACCGCAGCGUUCAACCCCGCAGACGUCCUCGCCAGCGACCCGACAUGUCGCCUUCGUCCUUGAAGAAACAGACGGAGAGAAUAUCUAAGAUAUUUGCAGCACAUUUCGAUAAGCCCAGUUAGCACUGUUGCUUUACACCACAACAAUCAUGUAAAUUAUUUUUAUGUCUGUAUCUUUUAUAAAUAAA